AUGGCCUCCGUGGUGGGCCGGCCGCUGUGGCCACCACCGGCCGCUGUGGCCACCACCGGCCACUGUGGCCACCACCGGCCGCUGUGGCCACCACCGGCUGCUGUGGCCAUCACCGGCCACUGUGGCCACCACCGGCCACUGUGGCCAUCACCGGCCGCUGUGGCCACCACCGGCCGCUGUGGCCACCACCGGCCGCUGUGGCCACCACCGGCCGCUGUGACCACCACCGGCCGCUGUGGCCACCACCGGCCGCUGUGGCCAUCACCGGCCACUGUGGCCACCACCGGCCGCUGUGGUCACCACCGGCCGCUGUGGCCACCACCGGCCGCUGUGGCCAUCACCGGCCGCUGUGGCCACCACCGGCCGCUGUGGCCACCACCGGCCGCUGUGGCCACCACCGGCCGCUGUGGCCAUCACCGGCCGCUGUGGCCAUCACCGGCCGCUGUGGCCACCACCGGCCACUGUGGCCACCACCGGCCGCUGUGGUCACCACCGGCCGCUGUGGCCACCACCGGCCGCUGUGGCCAUCACCGGCCGCUGUGGCCACCACCGGCCGCUGUGGCCAUCACCGGCCGCUGUGGCCACCACCGGCCGCUGGCAUUGUGUGCGUGUGCCCGGGCCUCGCCACCCUCCCGUGUGCCCCGGACCUCGCCACCCUCCCGUGUGCCCCGGACCUCGCCACCCUCCCGUGUUGCCCCGGACCUCGCCACCCUCCCGUGUGCCCCGGACCUCGCCACCCUCCCGUGUGCCCCGGGCCUCGCCACCCUCCCGUGUGCCCCGGACCUCGCCACCCUCCCGUGUGCCCCGGACCUCGCCACCCUCCCGUGUGCCCCGGACCUCGCCACCCUCCCGGGUGCCCCGGGCCUCGCCACCCUCCCGUGUGCCCCGGACCUCGCCACCCUCCCGUGUGCCCCGGACCUCGCCACCCUCCCGUGUGCCCCGGACCUAGCCACCCUCCCGUGUGCCCCGGGCCUCGCCACCCUCCCGUGUGCCCCGGACCUCGCCACCCUCCCGUGUGCCCCGGACCUCGCCACCCUCCCGUGUGCCCCGGACCUCGCCACCCUCCCGUGUGCCCCGGACCUCGCCACCCUCCCGUGUUGCCCCGGACCUCGCCACCCUCCCGUGUGCCCCGGACCUCGCCACCCUCCCGUGUGCCCCGGACCUCGCCACCCUCCCGUGUGCCCCGGACCUCGCCAACCUCCCGUGUUGCCCCGGACCUCGCCACCCUCCCGGGUGCCCCGGACCUCGCCAUCCUCCCGUGUGCCCCGGGCCUCGCCACCCUCCCGUGUGCCCCGGGCCUCGCUACCCUCCCGUGUGCCCCGGGCCUCGCCACCCUCCCGUGUGCCCCGGACCUCGCCACCCUCCCGUGUGCCCCGGGCCUCGCCACCCUCCCGUGUGCCCCGGGCCUCGCCACCCUCCCGUGUGCCCCGGGCCUCGCCACCCUCCCGUGUGCCCCGGGCCUCGCCACCCUCCCGUGUUGCCCCAGGCCUCGCCACCCUCCCGUGUGCCCCGGGCGUCGCCACCCUCCCGUGUGCCCCGGGCCUCGCCACCCUCCCGUGUGCCCCGGACCUCGCCACCCUCCAGUGUGCCCCGGGCCUCGCCACCCUCCCUUCUGGAAAAAAAACCUGUGGAGAACAGAGAAUCACUUCUAAAUGGCUGCAUAGAAAUUUCAAAUGUUUUAAAAAAUUUGUCGAUGACACUCAGGUAGAAUCAGACUCUGCGCCGGAGCUGAGGGCGCUGUCGGCGCCGAGGUCGGGCGCGGUCUUGGCGUGGGGGUCGGGCGCGGUCUCUGAGCCAGGUUUGGGCAAAGAGAAACAAACAAAACAAGGACCCAAAACCUCUGGAUAUUAUAAAUAA